ACUUCAAUCACGAGAUGGCAGUGUACGUCAUGAUAAGUCAGUUAAAAGUACAUUGAUUGUUAAUAGAACAUUAGAAGCAGUUAAUUUUACAAUCGUUUAUUUAAAAAUGAUACUAUUCUAAGUGAACAAAAUCAAAAUGACAACAAAAUUUGCCCGAGAAGUCUUAAAAGUUGCUGUUGCUCAAAUCUGUCAAAAUAUUGGGUGGCAUGCAGUGCAUUCUUCUCCUCUGGAGAUACUGAUCGAUAUUUUACAGGAGUACUUAACAGAUCUUGCCAGAUUAGCUCAUCUUCAUGCUAAUCAUUAUGGAAGAACUGAAACUAACUUGGAUGACUUGGGACUUUCUUUCAAAAAUAAAGGAGUGUCACUGAGUGAACUUGAAGAAUACAUUAAUAAUGUUGAACCUGUUCCUUUUGCUAACAAGUACCCAUGUUUUGUUGUGCCUAAUCCUUCCAAACUUCAGUUUCACAAAGCUACAAGCAAAGAACUCCUUAAUCGACCCGAAUGGGUGGACAAACAUCUUCCCCCAAUGCAUCUGGAACCUGAUGAAGAUGAUCAGGGAACUCUUUCCUUGCAUGAACAUGUUGAUGAAACUGCCAUGACACAUAGUCAGGAGGAAGAAGACAACAAUAAACUGGAGCUGUCCUUAUUAGGUAGUCCCAAACCUGAGUAUAAAUUUUCAGCUGAACCUUCUGGAGAAGACACAUACAUAAAUAAUAACACAAGGAUACCAGCUGAAGAAGAGGGCAGACCCAUGAGAGAACUUGCAACUGUGUUUAUGACAUCAGCGGGAUUAAUAAUGCCAGCUCGAGAUGGCCAUAUUCCAAACAGUUGUCUACCAUCCAAGGAGGUUGAAUCAAGGCCAGCCACACCAGAGAAUUGGGUUGAAAAAUCAGAAUCUAGCAUUUUUAAACAAAAAGCAAUUAAAAUCAAAGAAAUUAAAAGAGACAAAGACAAACCUGUCAAAAACAAGAAAGAUAUUUCAGGCAUUUUAAAGAAAGAAAGCAAAAAGAUAAAGUUAAGUAAAAAAGAUAACAAAGAAAACUCACAGACAAAAAGUAGUAAACAGCUACCAGGAUUUAAAAUACAUCAUCAGCAAACACACAUUAAAAAAGAAGGAAAAGAAGGUGGAUCUGUAAAAUUUAAGAAAAAAGCCAAACCCUCAAUUGAAGGAAAUAAAUCUCCGAAAGGAAAAAGUGAAAAAUUAAAAAAUAAAGAAGAUAAACCUAAAAUCAAAACAUCUUCCAAACCAUCAAAGCCUAAGAACAAAUCUCCUAAAGUUGUUACAAGUGUUCCUGCAGUUACUUCAUCUCCUCUUUCUCCAUCCUCUGUUAAGUCGGUGAAGAGUGUUUCGGGUCAGAAGAGUCCCGUUUCACUCAGUACUCCGAAAUCAGAAAAAGGUGGGCCGAGUUCACUUACUGCUCCAAAAUCUCCACAGACAGCUGCUAUAGAUGUUGUUGUUAAAAAUGAAUCAGUUUGUGGAAAUCAAUCAAAUAAAUUUGAGUUUGAUCAAGAUUCUCCUCCAGGAUCUCCUGAUUCAAGGCUUGUCAUUGAUGAUUCUGUGGAAGUACAAGCUCAGCAUGAAAUGGAGUCACGGUUAGCCGUAUUGGAUGACUGUAUUGAUGCAGUUAUUCAACGUGCAAGGGAAGAAACUGAAAAACAAACUGUGAAAAAUUUCAAGGCCAUCGAUGAUACUAUUGAAGAUGUAAUUAGAAGUUCAAUAAAAAAAUCUGAACCUAAAGAUGUUUAUGAUUUCACAGAUGACUCUUUAGAUUCGUCACCUCCUACUCCAAAAACACCAGAUGUUUUGGAAACUUCUGGUUUUCGUUUUAAGAAAGAAAAAAUUAAAACUGAGGAACCUUUAAAACUGAUUUCUGUUCCUGAAGAACAGAAAACAAAAAGUAAAGAUAAAUCAAAGAAGAAAUCAGCAAAGGACUCAAAAUGCAAAUCUAUCACACCUCUUUCACCUACAAUUAAACAACAAAAGUCACUGCCAUCAAAGACUCCAGACAAUACUAAAGAAUCACCUUCCAACAGUAUUAAAACUGUAAAAACUGAAUUAGAAAGUCACAGUGACCAUGAUCGUUCACCUUUUUCAUCUAUAACAGGGUUUCCCUCUCUACCUCCAGCACCACAACGAUAUCUUCCACAGCAUACAUUCGGGUGUCUCCCACCACCUCCUCCUUUUAUUCCAUCUUCUACACCUUAUCCAAGCCCUGGUGCUGCAAGUGGUACAUUUAACUCUAUUAUUCCCCCAUUCUUUCCUCUAAAUUCUCAAAUGUCACCAACUUCUUCAUUUCCAACACCUCCUUUGUUUGGAUCAUCAAGUAAACUGGACUGUUCUUCUAGCCAGCCACUGAACCUUGUUAUGUCUGGACCAUAUGCUACUAUGAAGACUGCUGCUGAGAAAAAAGAUAUGCCUGUUACCGAGAUCCCAUCACCAGGACCCGGAACUUUGCCUCUUAAGCCAGAUCCUCACGAACCAGAAACCCCUGAGAAAGUUAAAGUAGAUGAUACUGGAGAGAAGCCAAAAGUGAAAGAACAUAAAAAAGAGAAAAAAGAAAAAAUUGACAAGAAAGAAAAAAUUAAAAAAAGAAGUAAGGAUAAAGAGAAAAACAAAGAGAAAGAAAAGGAAAAAGAAAAGAGUAAAAAUAAAGUGGAAAAGGAGAAAGAGAAGAAAAAGUCAAAAGAAAAAGAAGAAAAGGAAAAAGAAGAUAAUGGUGCAAUUCCAAAAAUAACUUUUAAACUUGGUGGAAGUGGCUCAAAGUCAAAAAUUGUUAUAAAAGCAUCAGGAAAAUCUACAAGUUCGAGGACUCCCAGUCCCAGGCCAAAUUCACCAGUGGAAUUACCAGCAGUACCACCAAAAAUACCAACACCACCACCACCACCACAACCACCACCUGUCGUAGUUGCUUCUCCUCCUCCUCCUCCUCCUACACCUCCUCGUAUCCCUACUCCUCUUCCACCAGAGCCUACGACCUUUUUAAGAGAUCAUUCCCCUUCACCUUCUUCUCCUACUCCUAGUAUGACAGAUGCACUUAAUCCUCCACUUACACCCAGUGGGAGUGGAAAGAAAGGAGGGAAGUUCACUCGAGGCAGAGGCCGUAAAAGAGGCUCAUCACAUGCUUCUGCUCCAGCUAGAACAGUUAUAACAGAAACAAUUGGCAUCAUUCAAGAUGAUAGCGGGAAUAUGAUUUGGAUAUGCCCAGCCUGUACUAAUCCUGAUGACGGCAGACCAAUGAUUGGUUGUGAUGAGUGUGACAACUGGUUUCAUUGGGUAUGUGUGGGGAUAGUUGUUCCACCAAAAGAUGAAGAACCAUGGUAUUGUGACCGCUGUAUAACGAGGAAACAAGAGGCAGUACCCAAGAAAAAACGGAAAAAGAAAAAAUGAUUUUGGGGUGCAACCGCAAUACAAAGACGAGUUUUUGUUUCUUGAUGUUUUAAAGUUUUCUUAAUAAAGCCUUCCUGGUGCACUGAGG